GCGCCAGUCAAAAAAGGAUAACUGCGUGCUGGGGUGUUUGGUUGAAGAGGGGAUACGGAUUGGGUUUUCCUGGGAUUCAUUAGGAUUGAGGAAGCAGGGCAGAGUUUGUCUUGGUUGGUACUUGCGAGGUUGCUGUUGUGCAGUAAGUUCUAAUUCGUUAUUAGUGUUGAAAUAACAUGGCUUCAAAGAAAAAUGCAAGAGGACACAAUGCGGGAACAAAAAAAGAUGGGAAGCACGUAGGAAGCAAGAAUGGGAAGAAAGGGGAAGGCCUGAUGGGGAGCUCAUUCUUCACGUGGUUUAUGGUAAUCACAUUAUUGGGAGUGUGGACCUCAGUUGCAGUUGUUUGGUUUGACCUGGUAGAUUAUGAAGAUGUCCUAGCCAGAGCAAAGGACUUCCAUUAUAACAUAUCAGAGGUAUUACAAGGUAAACUUGGAGUUUAUGAUGCUGAUGGGGAUGGUGACUUUGAUGUGGAGGAUGCCAAAGUAUUGCUAGGAUUAAAAGACCGACCUGUUCCUCUGGACUCAACGUCUGCAGGAAGAGCAGAAGAGACAGUUCAGCCAUCUGAAGAAGAGCCUGAGCUUGAGCCUGACAAGCCUGUAGUAGAAGAAGCAAUUUUUUCAAAUGUGGCCCAGGAAAAUGCACAACCUCCACCUGAAGAGAGUGUGGAACAGGAAUUAUCCCCGGAAGAAGACCAGAUCCCAUUGCAGGAGGCCGAAGAGGAGGAGGCUCUAUUUGAGGAGUUACAGGAGGAUGAGAUAGAGCACCCGGUGGAAGCAGCUGAAGAAGUCAUACCUCUAGAGGAGGAGGAGCAGGAAGAGGAAGUGGAGGUAGAAACACUGGCAGCACCUUUGGAAGAGGCUGCCCCAACAGUGGAGGAAGACGUUGAAGUGGCCCCAUUAGGGGAGGAAAAAGUUGAGUUUGAGGAGGUUCCAUCUGCGGAAGAAAAAGCUGAGGAAGAUGAAGAAACAGAGGCCCCAUUGGAGGAGGAGAUGGAGGAGGCCACCCCUUUGGAAGAUGCUAUAAUUGAAGAGGAUGAACAACAGGCAGAAGAUGUGACUGCAUCUGUGGAAGAACAGUAUGAAGAAAUUGAGGCACAGACUGGGGAAGCAGAUGCUGAGGAAGAACAAACUGAAGAAGCGGCACCAGUGGAGGAGACUGCAUUUGUUGAAGAUCCUGUGGAAGAAGCCACUGGUGAAGAAGUUGCUUCUGAACCUGAGGAGGAAGCACCUGAACAAGAAUACACAGCUGACGAUUCUGAAGGACAGGAAUACUAUGAACAGGAAAUCCAAGCGCCUGACCCUGAUCCUGAAGAUGAAGUCUAUGGAUCUCAGAGCAUGGAUGUGGAAUCUGAAAUCCAAGAAGAAACCACUGAAGCCGUGGUAGAUGCAGUACCUGAAAAAGAACCCCAGGAAGAAGAUGCAGCUGGAUUAUCUGAACCAGAGCCUGAAAUUCAUUUAGCGGCGCAUACUGAAGAAGAAGCCGUCAAAGCAGAGCAGACUCAGGAGGAAGCAGAUCAAAUGGAAAUUAAAGAGAAAAAGAAGACAAAGGAGAAAGCCAAGAAGAUGAAACCCAAACUGCUGAAUAAGUUUGAUAAAACCAUCAAAGCAGAAAUAGAUGCAGCAGAAAAGCUGCGCAAGAAGGGAAAGGUGGAAGACGCAAUGAGGGCAUUCGAAGAUCUUGUCAGCAAAUAUCCAGAGAGUCCCAGAGCCAGAUACGGGAAAGCACAGACUGAGGAUGACUUGGCUGAGAAGCAGCGGAGCAAUGAGGCACUUCAAAGAGCCAUCAAAACCUAUGGAGAGGUGGCAGAGGUCCCCAGUGCACCGACUGAUCUAGUGAAGCUGGCACUCAGGAGACGAGCUGAGAGACAACAGUUUCUAGGUCGUCUGCGAGGCGCACUGGUAACCCUUGAGAAACUAGUGCAGCUUUUCCCAGAUGACGUAUCACUCAAGAAUGAGCUUGGUGUGGGAUACUUGCUCCUUGGAGACAACAAGCGUGCCAGGAGAGUUUAUGAGGAGGUCCUAUCUGUUGCUCCUGAUGAUGGAUUUGCCAAAGUCCACUACGGCUUUAUCCUUAAAUCAGAAAAUAUGAUGGCGGAGAGCAUUCCUUACCUAAAGGAGGGGCUAGAAUCUGGAGAUCCUGGCACUGAUGAUGGACGCUUUUAUUUUCACUUGGGAGAUGCUCUGCAAAGAGUUGGAGAUAAAGACGCCUACAAAUGGUAUGAGAUUGGACACCAAAGAGGACAUUUUGCAUCAGUGUGGCAGCGAUCCCUUUACAAUGUGGACGGGCUCAAAGCCCAGGCGUGGUGGACAGCUAAGGAAACUGGGUAUACAGAUCUUGUAAAGGCUCUGGAGAGAAACUGGAAGACGAUUCGAGAUGAAGCCCUGAGUGUAAUGGACACUGAAAGAGGACUCUUCAUACCAGAGGAUGAAAACUUGAGAGAGAAAGGGGAGUGGGGUCAAUUCACGCUGUGGCAACAAGGCAAAAAGAAUGAGAAUUCCUGCCGAGGAGUUCCAAAGACUUGUACUUUGCUGGAGAGAUUUUCAGAAGCUACCGGCUGCAAGAGAGGACAGAUCAAGUACUCUGUCAUGCAGCCUGGAACUCACAUUUGGCCUCAUACAGGGCCUACUAACUGCCGUCUGAGAAUGCACUUGGGCCUGGUCAUUCCCAAUGAAGGCUGUCAGAUAAGAUGUGCCAAUGACACCAGAUACUGGGAAGAAGGGAAAGUUCUCAUCUUCGACGAUUCCUUUGAACAUGAAGUUUGGCAAGAUGCUAACAGUUACAGACUAAUUUUCAUUGUGGACGUUUGGCACCCAGAACUGACUCCCCACCAGAGACGGACCCUCUCUCCAAUCUAAAAACUUUUGUUUAGAAUCCUGAAGUUGUUCAGAUGGAACCUUGAGCAUCAUUUACUCCAGCUAAUGAAGUACUUCACAUAGCUGUUGCACAGGUACAUAAUUAUUCGUAGUGACUCACCAGAUAAACCAACUCUUAAUGUUUAGGAAAGCCUUACUGUUUUUUCAACAUUUUCAACAGUUUAUUUCAAUAUUUGUAUACGCCUUACAUGUUUUGUAAUGUAAUGGAUGUUAUUAUGCCUAUUUACAAUUGUGUACUUCAAACUAUAAUAUUAAUACAAAAAAUGAUUGUAAUUUUGCAGCCACAUAUGCUGUUCAUAGACCUUUUGCUUUAGCAUAAUACUGUAUAAGGUCUAUCUUGACUUUUCUUUUUUUUUUUCUCUUUUGUUUGACACUGUGACUACUGUACAAAGAUAUUCUCUAUUUGCACUGAGUAAAGCAUCCUUCUAAACAACUUUUUAAAGAUCUCAUUAUAGUUGUUUUAUACAAGGGUGCUGUAGGAAAUUGUUUAAUUCUUUGUUUAAUCACUACCUUUUGUAAAACUGUGAAGGCAGGUAUGUGUUCCUUUCUUUUUAUAAAUGUUUAAUUUUGUUGAAUGUAUUAUAUCAACCUUGUAUUUUUUUAUUUUAUUUUUUUUAAAUAUUCCACCAAAAGAAGAAAAUACCCCAGGCUUAACUUUCAGUACUUCAGAUGACCCAGGGUUGUGGGAGUGUUCCCAUUCCACAGUGCACACAGGCAGUGUGUAUUGAACUGAACACACACCACAGAUAGUCAAUUAACUCAAAAGACUGGAGCAAGCAUUAGCUUUAAUUUAAGCAUGUUUGUAUUCUGGUUGAUUACAAAAUGCAGUUCUAUUUUAUGACCAAUAGACAUACAAAAGAAAGACACGCACCGUGGGCUAGCAAGAUCACCACUCCCUAUGUCAUUUCAUUCAAUGUCGCCAUAGAAAAACAAAAUAGGUGGGGUCAUAAUGCAGCUCUGUUUUUUUUGUGGAAUAAAUACACUUUUUGAUGGCCUAAACAGAACCAUGUUGUAAACCGUUAUGUUUUUACUUUACUUUGCGUUACAUUCUUUUACACUUCCAUCUGCUUCUCAGGAUACCUGCCUGCUGUUCAGUGUCAAGGUUAGAUGGCUAGUGGCCAGAAGUACAAUGUUUAUCACUGUAUAUUAUUUCAAUAUUUUCUGUACAUCCCUAAUACAUCACACACAAUUAUUUUGAGCUUUGGCUUUUUUCUUUUGGUUUCUGGUAGUAUGGUGUUGACUAAUAUGUUGAGGAGCUCAACAUUCAAGAUUUGGUAGGUUACUAUUUGCAUUAAGUUUUUUGUUGAUUUUCAUUUAAAGGUUUGUUUCACACUCUAGUUAACCAUUGCUAAAUUCACCACAAGUUAUAAUUAACUAGUAUCUCUAGUUAAUUAACAGUAAUCUUCAUAUGCUGUAUGCACAUUUUGUUUUGGUAAAUGUCUGUGUAUGCUAAUCUUUGUGAUCAAAAAUUGAAGUCCCAGAGAACAAUGAUACAAGAGACUGCAAAUGGGAUGCCGCCACAUCAGCUGUAUUGCACAAUGCAAUGCAUUUUACAAGCUGCAUGAAGUGCCCUGAUGCAGCCUGCCUCUGUGCACACACAAUGAAAUGAAUUGUGGGGCUAGAGUAAUGCAUCACUAAUCAUGCCAUAUACACGACUUGCAAUAAUUAAAAGUGCAGCAUGGCUGUAAGUGUGAGCGUGUGUGGCACUCUGUAAAUAAGUCCAUUCAGGAGCCUGAAAUCCUGAACUGGUGUUCUAUAAAUAGGAAAGAAUUUAAAGUGGGAUCAAGAAGAAAAUAUGUAAAAAUCCCAGGUAAAGUUUACUCCGUUUUUAUUUUUUAGAUUAAUCAAGUGGUAGUGAUGGCCUUGACUGAGGGUAAACAAUGUAAUAUUGUUAUUAUAAGAUAACAUACUCCAUGUAAGACUCAAUUCCAGGUGUAGACGGCUAGAAUGUAUUCCAUCUAAGGGUCAGUUUUAAUCCUUUGCCACUUGCUGUAUUUUUCUUUUCUUUUCUUUUAAUGUUUACUUAACCUUUGUGGACUGUUUGGUAGAAGAAGUUGUAAUUACAAGUUGAUUGAAAAAUCAUUGUGUGGUAUGAACGACUGAUGUAAAAAGGCUCAAAUAAACAGCAAACUUUAAAAUAUUUUCUGCAAUGUUUGUGAUAUUGUUUUUUCUUUGUUUGCAAUUUACAGAGUCGUUUAUUCUUAUAUUAUAUAGUAUAAUGGGAACAUAAUUUUAAAUAAUUUAGGCCAAUACACAAAAAUAAGAAACUGAAGGUACCAACUGUUUUCAUAAAAGCACAGAAUCAUUGCUAUAUGAACUAUCACCAACUAUAUAUUGUAAGUAACUGAGCAACAUGUUUUUUUCUAUGUGUACAUUAACUGUUUUGAAAUAAACUGUUCAGUAAGUUAA